AUGAACGCCGUAGAUGCGACCGAGCACUAUGGGACGAGUGCGCAUGACCCUGCACCGUCCCUACUAACAGUCAUCAUUGACACAAAUCCUCAUGCUUGGGCGUUACUUGAGCAAAAUGAGAAGAAUCAGCUUCCCUUCUCAACCGCGCUCGCCAACAUUCUCGUCUUCCUCAACGCCCAUCUCGCCUGUAACUACGCAAACGAAGUCGCCGUUGUCGCCUCCCACACUCACAAAGCCGCAUGGCUCUAUCCGUCCCCAAACUCACCAACGACAUCCGCAGACUCAGACGGCGACGUUACAAUGAGCAAUAAUAACCAUAUGAGCACCGGUGGUGGUAGCGGUAAACCCAGCCAAGUAAACAAAUACCGCCCGUUUCGAAUCGUCGAGGAGCAAGUGACAUCCAAUCUCCGACACCUGGUAGACUCCACCAACCGUGAUGACCUAGACAGUGGCGCCUCAACAAUGAUGGCCGGCGCACUUACUUUAGCUCUUAGCCACAUCAACCGUCGCACAAUUGCCUGGGCUGAAGCUCACGGAGGCGGCGAUGCCUCCUCCUUCUCGCGCUCUGGUGACCCAGAUACAAGCACAACGUCCAUGAUAGCCCGACGCUCCACAACCACAACGGCGACAAACGACGGUGCCGCCGAGGGUCUACAGUCUCGUAUCCUCAUCAUCUCCGUCAGUAGCGCGACCGGCUCCGCGCACCAAUACAUCCCAAUCAUGAACGGCAUCUUCGCCUGCCAACGCCUGCACAUCCCCAUCGAUGUCUGCAAACUCAGUGGCGACGCCGUCUUCCUACAACAAGCCUCCGAUGCAACAAAGGGAAUCUACAUGUCCCUUUCCGAACCCCGCGGUUUACUGCAGUAUCUAAUGAUGGCAUUCCUCCCGGACCAACGGUCUCGCAAACACCUAAUCCUUCCGACACGAGUAGAUGUAGACUUCCGCGCCGCGUGUUUUUGCCAUAGACGCGUUGUGGAUAUAGGAUUCGUUUGCUCGAUCUGCCUGAGUAUCUUCUGUGAACCACCGGAGAACGGCGAUUGCUUGACUUGCGGCACGCAUCUGGAUACGGGUGACUACGGCGCGAAGCCGGCGGUUGUGGUAAGGAAAAAGAAGAAGAAGAAGAUUAGACCAAAUGGGGUCUCUGCUACGCCUACGCCGACACCGACGCCGGGGCCUUGA